AUGGCCGCCAGCGGGAGCAAUCGUCCCAUGGAGUCGCGUACCGGGCGUGUUAAGCAGAGGUACAACAGUAAAGGCGAGCGUCUGGUGGCUGGAGUGGUCCCUCUGUCGGCCGACAAGAGCUAUGUGCUCAUGAUUCAGUCUACUCGGCGCAAGGGUUGGGUCCUCCCCAAGGGUGGCUGGGAGCUGGACGAGGAGUGCACAGAGGCGGCUGCCCGCGAGGCUUGGGAGGAGGCUGGGAUCCUGGUGACGAUCGACUAUGAUUUGGGCGACAUCGAAGAGACCAGUCCCCGCAAGAAGAACAGCUCAUCCGGCAAAUCCAAGCAGAAGGAGGCGGCCCUUUACCGAUUUUAUGAGGCGACGGUCAACAGCGAGGAGAUUGAGUGGCCCGAGAAGGAGAAGCGGGAGCGCAAGUGGUUCACGUUUGCCGAAGCCUUUGAGCAACUCAAGGACCGCCCCGAGCUGCAAACCGCCUUGCAGCGUUCCACCAUGAAGAGGUAG